AUGCCCCGCACUCCUAGACAACAGUGGGGCACGUCCAGCUGGAUGAACGACUGCGUUCCAGAUUUGGGAACAAGAGCACCAUCAGGAGACAGUGGAGGCGAGCAGAGCUUUACUGUCCCUGACGAGCCGCUCUCAAUGUCGUGGCAUAGCAGGAACGGCGAGGUUGCAAUGGGGUUGGAUGCUACCUCGCCUGAAGCCGCUAUGGCACGUCAGCCAGAGCAGAGGGUCUCUAGAGGGCCAGAGCCGGGGAACUCUGAAAGGGCAGAUGGGCGCUCUGCGACACAACGAGGGGACUCGAUUUACUCCUCCGGAAUAGAUUCUGAAGCCGAGGGAGAUGACACAGAGGAAGAUCUCUCGUGGAUCUCAUGGUUUUGCUCACUGAGUGGAAACGAGUUUUUCUGCGAAGUCGAUGAAGAGUUCAUCCAGGACGACUUCAACCUCACGGGUUUGUCUUCCUUGGUAUCAUACUAUGAAUACGCGCUUGACACAAUCCUUGACAUAGAAUUGCCAGAUCCCGGUAUCGAUGAGCGACAACGAGAGAUCAUCGAGAUGAACGCAGAAUUUCUAUACGGCCUCAUUCAUGCAAGGUAUAUUCUGACGAACCGAGGGCUGCACGAUAUGCUGGAGAAGUACAACAAUGUCGAUUUCGGUCGAUGUCCGCGUGUAUUCUGCAACGGCCAACCGGUGCUACCCGUGGGACAAAGCGAUCUUCCGCGCACUGCAGUUGUGAAACUUUUCUGCCCCAAGUGCUGGGAUAUCUAUGUCCCAAGAAGCGCUGCGCAUAGUCACCUUGACGGGGCUUUCUGGGGAACAACAUUCCCGCACCUGUUCCUGCAGACCUAUCCAGAGCUUGUCCCGGAAAGGAACCCCUGUCGGUACGUUCCGCGCAUCUUCGGCUUCCGCGUCAGCGAAAAGAGCAAGCAAGUUCAGCGAAACUUGGGCCUCAUCCAUCAAAACCCUGACCAAGAUAAUCGCUCACCGGCGAUUUGA